AGCGGCUUCACACAUCAUUCCCGGUUACUCUGCGUUUGUUUUUAGCUCACGCGCUGGUAACGUUUAUAUACUUUACGUAAAACGUCUUUGUAUAUAGAGGCUUUAAAUGUUAUGAAAAGUCAUAAAGCACAACAAUUAUGGGAAUUAUUUAAGAGAUAUGGUUUUGUUUAAUGCCCUACAGUAUAUUUUGUGUUGUGUAAUAAAUAGCAUUUUAAGAUGGAUUCGCACGUGACUCAAUGCGAAUGUGGUGCACAUCGCUCGGUACCAAGCGUUCACCAAACCCUGGAUGAGAUGGAGUUUGAAAGAGGUAUUUGGUCGGCUGCUCUAGACGGAGAUCUUGAGAAGGUCAGGUCGUUUCUUAAAAAGGGGAUUGAUCCAAAUUUGAGGGACCAGUCACACUACACUGCUUUGCACUAUGCUGGUCGAGCAGGUCACCUGUCUGUGUGCGUGUUACUUCUGGACUGUGGAGCUUGCGUUAACGUCCAGACCCGUGGUGGAGCAACCCCUCUACACAGGUCAGCUUACUGUGGUCAUGUGAGGGUGGUUAAGGUGUUGUUAGACCGCGGGGCCGAUCCACACCUGACCGAUGAUGAUGGAACUACCCCACUUCAUAAGGCUGCUGAGCAGAAGCAUCUUGAGGUUUGUGAGCUGUUGGUGAACCGUUUUCCAGACUUGCGAAGUCAGAAGGAUAAAAGAUCUCACAUUCCUUUUGAUGUCUGCCCGGAACACAGCAUGUUUUGGGAGUUUUUGAGACCACAAUCAACCUGAUCUAACCCACAGUCUAUUAUGUUAAGGCCUUAGGUAUACCCAUACAAGAGGAAGCUUUUCAAGGCUAAUGUUUUUGGACAUUGACAUCAAAGCUUCUCUUGUGAAGUGAGACUUUUGCCUUUAUUGCUGAAUGAACCAAAGGGCUUAAAGAGAUGGCACAUUCAGCUAGGUGGCUUCUGCUUUAAAAUUUCCUUUGAAUGGACUGACCAUGUCAUUCAAGGUUUGGCUGGUUAGAUGGUGUAACAACAAAAUUCUGCGGAAAAAGCAAAUUUAUAUGAUGGCAGCAACUUAGAGGUUGUCUGGUAUAUUCUGACAAAAUAAAAAGGCUCUUCAAGUAUGAAAUGGACUUCACACAAAACUGAAAAUUCUGAAAAAUCAGACUGGGUCCUUUUAAAACGUAAGUUUACCCAAAAAUAUAAAUUCUGUCAUCAUUUACUCAAAACGUGUAUACAUUUCAUUGUUCUGCUAAACACAAAAGAAGAUAUUUGAUAGAAUGUCAGUGACCUUACAGAUCUUAUUCCCUAUUUCCCUACUAUGGCAGUAAAUGGGGGGUGAGAUCUGUUUAGUUACUGACAUUCUUCCAAAUAUCUUCCUUUGUGUUUAGCAGAACAAAAACAUUUAUACAGGUUUGGCACAACCUGAGCGUGAGUAAAUGAUGACAGAAUUUUCAUUAUUGGGUAAACUAUCCAUUUAAGUUUAAUCGCACAGGGACAAAAUCUCUCAGACAUUUUUCAUAUCUUCAUUUACGUUGCACUGAGGAAAGUAAGUUAUAUGAAUGACAUGAAUUCAUUUUGGACAAACUAUCCCUUGACUUAAGCCUGUAGUUUCUAAAGUCUCCAUUAGAGAGUGCUAAUUCCUUAUUAAUGCUGCACUCUAUAGGAAAAUUCAUGACUGCUGCCUCGGAUAAGCUGAAAUAUUUGAUAAAUUAUACAUUUGUAUUUUAUAAAUACUGCCAGCACAUUUA